AUGAUUCACACCAACCUGAAGAGAAAGUUCAGUUGCUGUGUGCUGGCCUUUCUCCUAUUUGCAGUCAUCUGUGUGUGGCAGGAGAAGAAGAAAUGGAGUUACUGUGAUUCCCUUAAAUUGCAAACCAAAGAAUUCCAGAUGUUGAGAAAUUUGGAGAAAUGGUCUAUGACUUCACGCAGCACCCAGAAUCCCCACAGGGGCAGCCAUGCCCUCAACAGGCCCCGGGGCCCGGCAAAGGCCAAGCCAGAGGCUUCCUUCCAGGUGUGGAACAAGGGCAGCUCUUCCAAAAACCUUAUCACCAGGCUGCCCAAAAUCUGGAGGAAUUAUCUGAACAUGAAGAAAUAUAAAGUGUCUUACAAGGGGCUAGCGCCGGGGGUCAAGUUCAGUGCAGAGGCCCUGCACUGCCACCUCUGGGACCCUGUGAACAUAUCCAUAGUAGAGGCCGUAGAUUUUCCCUUCAACAUUUCCAAAUGGGAGGGUUUCCUGCCCAAGGAGAACAUUAGGACCAAGGCUGGGCUAUGGGGCAGGUGUGCUAUUAUCUCAUCAGCAGAAUCUCUGAAGUCCUCCCAGUUGGGCCAAGAAAUAGAUGAUCAUGAUGCAGUCCCGAGGUUUAAUGGGGCACCCACAACCAAUUUCCAGCAAAAUGUGGGCACAAAAACUACCCUUCACCUGAUGGACUCUCAGUUGGUCACCUCGUCAGGGCACUUCCAAGACAGCUUAUACAGUGAGGGAUUCCUAAUUGUGUGGGACCCAUCUGUUUGCCACUCAGAUAUCCCAAAGUAUUUGAGAAUGCUGCAUCCUGAUCAGCCCUUUUAUAUCCUCAAGCCUAAGAUGCCUUGGGAGCUGUGGGACAUCAUUCAGGAAGUCUCCACAGAAGAGAUUCAGCCAAAUCCCCCAUCCUCUGGGAUGCUUGGCAUCAUCAUCAUCAUCAUCAUCAUGAUGCUGUGUGACCAGGUGGAUGUUUACCAGUUCCUCCCAUCCAAGUGCAAGACCAAUGUGUGCUACUACUACCAGAAGUUCUUUGACAGUGCCUGCAUGGUGAGUGCCUACUACCCACUCCUCUUUGAGAAGAAUCUGGUGAAGCACCUCAACCAGGGCACAGACAAGGACAUUUACCUGCUUGGCAAAACUACACUGCCUGGCUUCCAGAGAAUUCGCUGCUGA